AGCUUUGGCCGUGUGGAAUGGGCAGGACCGGCGGGGCUGGAUCCGCUGACGGGGAUUGUAGUUCCCUGAGGCCGCACGUCCCCAGCACCAUGAAGGGUGAUGGCGCGGACGAAGGACUACCAAUCCCAGAAUGCACCAGGCAGCAGGCAGAGCUGUCACGUGAUGAGUAAUAUGGCUUCCUAGUGUCAGAUGGGGCUUUCGCCUGCGGGUGACGGGGGUUUGUGAGCGCAGCCGGCCCGCGGGCCUGAGCUGCGCGAAGCGGUGCGGACAUGCAGAAAAUCAAGUCACUGAUGACCCGCCAGGGUCUCAAAAGUCCACAGGAGAACGUUCAUGACCUCAGUCCCGUUGAGAAUUUUCGGAUUCCUAGCAAGGAGGAGCUGAGAGAACUCCGGGAACAACCAACUGAUCCUCAAGCCCAGCAAGAAAUAAUUAACAGCAUUGAAGAAGUGUAUUUUUCCAAUGAUUCCUUUGAUAUUGUGAAGUAUGAGUUGGAGAAGCUUCCUGCAGUUCUUAGUCUUCAAGAAAUGGAAGAAUACAGAGACAAAUUAAAGCAACAACAAGCUGCUGUAUCUAAAAAGGUUGCAGACUUGAUUCUUGAAAAGCAGCCUGCAUAUGUUAAGGAACUUGAACGAGUUACAUCUUUACAAACUGGUCUUCAGUUAGCUGCAGUCAUUUGCACAAAUGGAAGAAGGCACCUGAAUAUUGCAAAGGAAGGUUUUACUCAAGCUAGUUUGGGACUUCUUGCAAAUCAAAGAAAACGACAGUUGCUGAUUGGACUGCUGAAGUCUCUGAGAACAAUAAAAACACUGCAAAGAACUGAUGUACGUUUAAGUGAAAUGUUGGAGGAGGAGGACUAUCCAGGAGCUAUUCAAUUGUGCUUGGAAUGCCAGAAAGCAGCCAGUACUUUCAAACACUACAGUUGUAUAAGUGAAUUGAAUUCAAAACUGCAAGACACUUUGGAACAAAUAGAGGAACAAUUAGAUGUAGCCCUCUCCAAAAUAUGCAAGAACUUUGAUAUCAGUCAUUAUACCAAGGUGCAGCAGGCUUACAGACUCCUUGGAAAGACACAGACAGCGAUGGACCAACUACAUAUGCACUUCACUCAAGCCAUUCACAACACAGUGUUCCAAGUAGUUCUUGGGUACGUAGAGCUAUGCGCAGGAAACUCGGACACCAAAUUUCAGAAGCUACAGUACAAGGACCUCUGCACACAUAUUACAUCAGACAGCUACAUUCCAUGUCUUGCUGACCUCUGCAAAGCACUCUGGGAAGUCAUGCUCAGUUAUUAUCGAACGAUGGAAUGGCAUGAGAAACAUGACCGAGAUGAGGGAACUGCUUCGUCUUCUGUUUCAGAUGGCAACAAUGUGAUUGGAGCUGAGGAGACCAAUUUUGACCGUAGCUAUGUACAAAAGAAAUUAGAACAUGGACUUUCACGAAUAUGGCAGGAUGUGCAGCUGAAAGUGAAAACGUAUCUGCUGGGGACAGACAUGUCUAACUUCAAAUAUGAUGACUUUAUCUUUGUACUAGAUAUCAUUAGCAGGCUGAUGCAAGUUGGGGAAGAAUUCUGUGGCAGUAAGUCAGAAGUUUUGCAAGAAUCUAUUAGAAAACAAAGUGUGAACUAUUUCAAGAAUUAUCACAGAACUCGUCUUGAAGAAUUGCGAAUGUUCUUGGAGAACGAGACCUGGGAGCUUUGUCCUGUUAAGUCGAGCUUUAGUAUUUUACAGCUUCAUGAGUUUAAAUUCAUGGAGCAGUCACGUUCCCCGUCUGUGUCGCCUAGUAAGCAGCCUGCUUCAGCAAUCUCAGCAACGAUAACUUUGUUUGAGCACUAUUGUAAUGGAGGAAAUCCAUUUGAAAUUCAGGUCAACAGCAAAGAUGACGAGACAGAAGAUGUACUUGCUUCUAAUGGGUAUGAGUCUGAUGAACAGGAGAAAAGUGCCUAUCAAGAGUAUGACAGUGACAGUGAUGUUCCUGAGGAGCUGAAAAGAGAUUAUGUGGAUGAGCAGACAGGAGAUGCCCCUGUAAAAAGUGUUUCUAGAGAAACCCUGAGGAGCAGGAAGCGAUCAGAUUAUAAUCUCAACAAGGUGAAUGCACCCAUCCUAACAAACACUACACUGAAUGUAAUAAGACUUGUUGGGAAAUACAUGCAGAUGAUGAACAUUUUGAAACCAAUUGCAUUUGAUGUGAUUCACUUCAUGUCCCAGCUGUUUGAUUACUAUCUGUAUGCAGUGUAUACGUUUUUUGGCCGAAAUGACACGUUUGAAUCAACAGGAUUGGGUCUUAGUAGUAGCAGGCUGCGCACUACACUAAACAGGAUACAGGAGAGCCUGAUUGAUCUGGAGGUCUCUGCUGAUACCACUGGCACCCUCACGGCUGCUGAAGAGAGAAAGGAGAAGGUGCCAAGCCCACACCUCAGUCAUCUGGUAGUUUUAACAUCUGGCAAUACUCUCUAUGGUUUGGCAGAGAGAGUGGUAGCCACGGAAUCCUUGGUGUUUUUGGCGGAGCAGUUUGAGUUCCUUCAGUCGCAUCUUGAUGCUGUGAUGCCUGCAGCGAAGAAACCCUUUCUCCAGCAAUUCUACUCUCAGACUGUGUCAACUGCCAGUGAACUACGCAAACCAAUUUAUUGGAUUGUAGCUGCUAAAGCUAUUGAUUAUGAACAGAUGCUGCUCCUCAUGGCUAAUGUGAAGUGGGAUGUGAAGGAGAUCAUGUCACAACACAACAUAUAUGUUGAUGCUCUUUUAAAGGAAUUUGAACAGUUUAACAGAAGGUUGAAUGAGGUAUCUAAAAGAGUCCGUAUUCCAUUGCCAGUGUCAAAUAUUCUUUGGGAGCAUUGUAUCCGACUAGCCAAUAGAACUAUUGUGGAAGGUUAUGCCAAUGUCAAGAAGUGUAGCAAUGAAGGGCGUGCCCUGAUGCAAUUGGACUUCCAGCAGUUUUUAAUGAAGCUAGAAAAGCUAACAGACAUUAGGCCUAUUCCGGAUAAGGAAUUUGUGGAGACCUACAUUAAAGCUUACUAUCUGACUGAAAAUGACAUGGAGCGCUGGAUCAAGGAGCACAGGGAAUAUUCCACCAAGCAGCUGACCAAUCUGGUGAAUGUUUGUCUGGGAUCACACAUCAACAAAAAAGCGAGACAGAAACUGCUAGCAGCAAUUGAUGACAUAGACAGACCUAAAAGAUAAUUGGGGAAAGUUCCUUUUCUUGUGAUUUGAACCACCUUCUGUUAAUAUGCUGCAUGCAAACGACUCUCUCGUGGACUUCUGAGACAUUCUGUUAACAAAAAUAUUGUGCAUGGCCUUUCUUGUGUUGGAAACACUUUGAAUCAGUGUGGUAUUCUCAAAUAUAACUUUUAUAACCUCUAGUCUUUUCUGUUUCUUUUGUUAAUUUCCUGUACUAAAAGGACACUAUUAUUGUGUCAGUUGUUCAGCUGUAUAUUUUGCAAAAGUGUACACUAUAAGUAAAUCAAGAUGACAAGGAAACACCUUGGCUUAAUAUAUAGUUGGUGCAUUUUUGGUCAAAGAACCACUUAAUAUGUGAUACUUCGUCUUACACCCUUCCACCUUUGGAACUUGUGUUUUAUUAUGAACACAUGUAAAGUGAAGGAAAAUGUACAGUCUCUUCUAAUGAUGAACCUUGUAUGUGGAUUAAGAGGGCAAAUCAGCACAUUAAUAUUGUAAUAUCAAGCCCAUAGUCUUCGUAUAGAUUUUAAAUGUAAGUUUAUUUCAAAAUUGUCAUAUCAAAAUAAUUGACCAGAAAUUAUGGGAAGGUAAUAAAUACUAUACACUAAUAUGAAA